GAAAAUGAAAUCAGAAUUUUUAUUCUCUUGUAUUCCAUGGUUGCGAUCCAACUCUUCGAGGAAUACGAAGAGAUUGACGAUAUUCUUAAGGACUUAAGCGAAUGUAUGAGACGUGCGGUGGACGGCGAGUCCGAGGAGGCGGCCGAUGACGCGCCCCUUUGGGCGGACGUCUUAAUCGAUUUAAUACUCUCGUUGUUAACCAAGAACUCAAAGCUGACUAAAAAUAUGUUGUUAUCGAGUUUUAAGCACAUUUGCGGUCACAUUACGAACGCCGGCGUUCAGUAUUUAGUCGACGCUAUCAACCCGUCCAACGAUAACAAAUUGUUUGGCGGUAUAGAGGACUCGGAUGUGGACGACGAGGAAAUGGAUGCCGAAGAAGAGAGUGACAAAUCUGAGAGCGAAUCGGAGUCUGAGGACGAAGAGCCGACCGGCGAAGUGGAUGAGAAUUUCCGCAACGAUGUGAUCAACGCGUUGGGAGCGGCCGCUGAGAACGACGACGACGAGGAAUCGGUUUACUUGAGUGACAGCGAAAUGUUUCAGUUCGACGACACUUUGGCCGCUGUUUUCAAAUCGAAAUACUCGGACAAAAAGGAGGCCAACGAGAAGCAAAACUCUAUCCUUAUGUUCAGAAUCAGAUGUCUGNUGAACUCCAAGUCCGUAAAUAUGGAUCAAAUUCUGCAGUUGAUUCAGCCGAUAGUGUCGGUGGCAAAGAGUCCGUUCCAGCCCUCCAAACAGAACCAAUUGGGCUCAAAGGCUAUCCAAUUGAUGGUACAGAUUACCAAAAUUAAGGAUAAAACAGACGAUUCGCUUGAAGUGAAAGAUUUGAAGGAAGUGUUGGAGUUUUUAGUAACCAUUUUAAACAAAAGCAAUCACUUGGAGCUUCAGAAAGCGUUGAAUUCACUAUUUAUAUGGACUAUCCAAAUGAGUAGAAAGUUUUAUCCGAAAGACAACUGGUAUUUGGGUGUCAUUGAGAGCACAUUGAAAGAAAUUGGGUUUAAGUUAUGGGAUAUAUUCGUCGAGUAUUCAUUUAUCGAUGAGAUUCGUGCCUUUAAGAAGUCAUUAGCCAUUCAAGUGUUGUUGACUUUGUGUAGAACUCAGACCUCGAAGAAUAAAGCGAUUGAUUUAUCGGACAAUCAGUUGACUGAA